UACAGCUGAGUGCACUAGCAUCCGACAUCUAGACAUGAUGUUAAUCCCCCUGACACCAACGAGGUUUGAACCGUGACUUUCCGCAAUGACACGCCGAUAUCGUGAAAACUUUCAGAAAAAUCACAGUAACGUUUUAUAAACUGUUCAUGACAUUAAAAAAUAUCGAAAUCGUCCAAAAAAACUUUAAUCAAUUAAAAAAAAACCAUGACGUCGGUUUCUACAGAUAAAGAAAGACAUAUUGUAGUGCUUAUGACCUACCACACUCUGGUCGACCGCGAUCCGAAAUAUGUGCAUUAUUGCUGGGGUUGUAGUGUCCUCAUCUGCAUGGCUGCAAUCAUCCUCACAGCUAUCCUAUCCUUUAUUGCUGCUCAAAGAUUAUUCGAGACUUUCGAUGGGAAUUGCAUCUACACAUGGAACAUCACCUUUGAAUCCCGUGUUGAAAGCUCAACCAACCCAACUCCAGUAAAUGCAAUUCCGACGUCAUUUGAUAAUGGAUCAUAUAUCGAGGAUAAUAGAAAAUCUUCCAAGAAACUCAAUCAUAUUUUCAAGCAAUUUGAAACAGAUUAUGAUUCUGGAGACAACGUCGACGUGGAUGAGGACCCGGAGAAAUCACGAAACUUAGAAAUUUCCAGAGAAAACGUGAAAAGUGAAGCCGACUAUAAUUUUUUAACCACAAUGCGAGUUGAUAUUGUGAAAACAGUCUGGGCAUCCGUGAACUUCUGCGACUACGUACUAUAUAACCAAGUCCUGGCAUCAAUUUCGGGGAUGAUUUGUGUCACCAUGCUCAUUCUUUACCACACAGCGGGCAAAGCUCAACUUGAUUGGGGACUACCAAAGCCUUGGAGGAUAGUCUUUCCUUCAGUGAUAGCUUUUGGAAUAUGGUCCAUUGUAUCAAUUGUCCACGUAGUUAUUAUGGACAAAUCUUAUCACAGCUUCUGCUCUGGAUUAGCUCGUGAAAUUCAAACAAAGACAUUGGGGUGUAACAAACUAAUAAAUGCAUUGAAUCCCCUAGUAAUUGAGGACUCAUGGAUUACACCUGGGGUGAACUACUUAACACACACAGCUACUAUACGAUUCACAAUGUUGGGUUGGGUCACAGCAUUUUUAAUAAUGCUGGCUCGCAUGAUGUUCGCUAUUGACUUCCGGUUGGUUCGAGUUACGAUUUCUACAUUUUCGCAAAAACGAAAGCAACCGGAAGUGGGGUCAAGCUCAUCAGAGUCAAUUGAAUUGGAACAGAAAGCCGAACAGCUGGAUAAGAGCGUAAAGAUAAUGGACGUUGCCCAUACCGAGCGAAGUGUUUCUUCGCGAGAGGAUCCAGAUGAAUUCCACAGUGCUCAUUCUGAUAAUGAAGUAGUCGUAACGAAAUUGUCGUCUGCUGAUCCACAGGAUCCUGAUCUGGAUACACAAAGUCCGGAGAAGUCGAGAAACGUGUAUGCGUAAAGGCGGAGUAUUCAUGAAUAGGGUUCAAUUGUGAUCCAACACAGGACCUAUGCAUUCUAAAUGGGCUCCGAAGGCGCAACACAGUUCAGCGUCGAAAUAUUUUAUAUCAUUCUUAUUGAAAUUCUAUUUUGAAGAAGACUGUCUCAACAUCAUUUCUUUAACGUUCAAUUUUUAUGACUGUACCUUGUAUUAAGUUCAUUUCAUUGUUCAUAUUUUAGCAUUCACCAGGUUAAGCUUCAGGAGAAAUUCAUUCUAUUAGUUCUUGCACUGACGGAAUGAGACGUUGGGUGUCCAUCCGGCUUUCCACUAGCUCCGAUUUUAAAGUUUAACAAUGUAAUUCUGACUCCAAUGCGUUUUUUUU